AUGUGCUUCUUUUUUUGUCUUCUUCUGUCUCUCUUUCUGUCUCUCUGUCUCUCUGUGUCUCUCUGUCUCUCUGUCUCUCUGUCUCUCUGUCUCUCUCUCUCUGUCUCUCUGUCUCUCUGUCUCUCUGUCUCUCUGUCUCUCUCUCUCUCUCCCUCUCUCUCCCUCUCUCUCACCUCGUCCCCCGGAGAUUAUGUCCUCUCAUGCAGCGAGAAUGGCAAGGUGACGCACUACAAGCUCUCGGCCGAAGAGGGCAAGAUUCGUAUCGAUACACACCUCUUUGACAACCUGGAUGCUGCCAUCACCUUUUACAUGGAGCACGAGUUGGAAUACAGUUCGCUCAAACAGCCCCUGCAACGGCAAUCAUCAUGGCGCGAUGACGAGCUUGUCGCCACGGUCAUGUUCUCUGCAGAAGGGCUGUACAAGUUUGUCGGCCGCAAUGAAAACGAUUUACCCUUUGACAAGGGGGAGCUUCUCAAUGUCUUGCAGCUAACACAGGACAAUUGGUGGAUGGCCCAGAGUCAGAAAACGCUCAAGAUUGGCUACGUUCCCGUCAAUUAUGUCCGGGCGCUAGAGCAGCCAGCUGCCCCGCCACCGCGCCCUGCUCCACGUCCUGCCGAGGAGGAGUCUUCCAGGCUUGAGCGAACCGAAUCCCGUCGUACGCCGGCCAGCCACCAUCGACCCAAGGAACCCAUGCCGGCAGGUGCCGUCAUGACACGAGCUCCGGCUCGACAUCACCAAGAGGCAAAGGCACCCCCUGCACGGCCUCAGCCGACUGGGCCUUCUGCCGCGGGUCCGAUAGCCGCUGCUGCUCCGCCUCCACGUCCCAAAACAUCAAAGCCCACGACCGACUUUAGUGCGCUCAAGGCUCAACUGCAGGAGCCAAUUGUUUCCAAUCCCACGCCCACCUCGACGGCCCCAGAGCAGGCGGCUUUGCCCGCCGAAACCACGGCAGAAGUCUCAACACCAACGCAGCCGCUCGCAUCUGCUCCGCCCACUUCUACGGCCUCGCAUGAAGCGCCGGCAAGCUCUGCCGCACCCGCUACUCAGCACGGCGCAGGGUCAGAGGAUCACGCUACCGCUCCCGACUCGGAGCCUCCCAUCACUUUGGUCCGCGCCAUCACCGCCAUCAUCCCCAACGCCUAUGACAAUGAUGCCUUGGUCUUGGAGGAAAAUGAUUUGGUUCACGUGCUGGAUGGCGGCGAAGGCGCACUGGAGCGGGGCCGCGUUCUCAGAACUGGACAGAUCGGCUUGUAUCCCUUUGCAAAGACUGAGGAUAUUGAGAGCCACAACUACGAUGCCGAAGUGAAGGCAGCCGUCGCUGACUACCUGAAGCGGUUUCCAGAUGCAUGCUAG